UUCAGUCUCGACCAUUCCCCUCCCUUCACUCAGGGACCCCCUGUUCCUAUCGGUGACCUUAUCGCAGCUUCGCUCAGCCGCCUUCCUCUGGGAGGUGCUGGAAAAAGCCAGCAGGGGGAAUUCGUCAGGAGGAUAAUGCCCAAAAGUCCAGCUUGCAGUCAUUUUACAUAACUGAUCAUAUAUCUUUUUUUUUUUCUUCUUCAAAACCAAAUCCAGUGGAGUACAGCUACUCAGGGUGUCCCUUUGGCUGUUGUGGUGAGAGAAGAUGGGGCGGCACCGGUUGUUGCCGCUAUGCGCCCUCCUGGGCGUCCUGUUCGCGGGGCUCGUCCCGAACCUGGAGGCCCAGCAGGCACAAGAAUCAGCCGACCUAGUACUCUUAAUUGACGGAUCACAGAACAUUGGAGCGGCAAACUUCCCCUUUGUGCGUGAUUUGGCUUUGAGAAUCAUUGAGCGCCUCGAUGUGGGCAGGGACACCGUUCGGGUGGCCUUGGCCACGUACAACGGCAGUCCGCAGAUACAGUUCUAUCUAAAUAGCUUUACCAGCAAAGCAUCGGUCCUGGAAGCCGUGAGGGGCCUGACCUACUCGGGGGGGGACGAGUCUAAUCUGGGGCUCGCCUUGGAGGAGGUGUCCGCGAGCCUGUUGAGCCAAACAUCUGGGGGCAGGGCAGACGAGGGCGUGCCCCAGAUGCUGGUGAUUGUCAGUGCCGGGCCAUCCACUGAUGAUACUGGUUCCGGUGACCGGGCCCUGAAGAGGGCCGGUGUUAUCACAUUCGGCGUGACGAUUGGUGACACUGCUACUGCUGAUCUGGAAGCAGUUGCUACAGAUAGAAGUUUUGUCCUGUCAGCCCCUGAUUUCAGAGCAGUGGCGAGCAUGGGUGACCAGCUGCUCCCAUACGUUAACGGGGUGGUCCAACGCACCAUUAUAGUUCAGACUGAGUUCACAGAAGUCCUGGCCAUUGGACAACGAGACAUCAUCUUCCUGAUCGACAGCACGAUGGGUGCAACCAUCAUCAACUCUGUGCGCGAGUUCAUCAAGCGGUUUGUCGACAUCAUGCCCAUUGGCCCAGACCAAGUUCAAGUGGGCGUGGCCCAAUUCAGCAUGAACCCUCGACUGGAGAUGGAUCUCAACACCCACGGAUCCAGGGAGGCGCUGACGGCUGCUCUGGGCUCCAUCAAGCCGAGACCUGGCCAGACGAUCAACAUCGGAGCGGCCUUGGACUUUGUGCGGACGAAAAUGCUGAAGCCUGAGAAGGGGAGUCGUCUUCAACAGGGGGUACCGCAGCUCGUCCUGUUGAUGACCAGCAAAAAGUCCAGUGACAGCGUGGAGGGCCCCGCUCUGGCCCUGCAUCGCCUGGGUGUGCUGACUCUAGCUGCAGGCUCCAAAGCGGCCGAUGAGCAGGAGCUGCGAAAGAUCGCCUUUGCGGAAAGCGUUGUGUUCUAUAUGAGGGACUUCCGCAUACUGCUCCGCAACCCCAAGGCAAUUAUUAAUGCUCUCUCCACUCUCGCUGGGGUGGUGGUGACGGAGGUGCCCACUGAGCCAGUGAUUGAGAUAACCACAGUGCAGACUCAAAAAGUGGUCAGAGACAUUGUCUUCCUCGUGGAUGGCUCCAGCUACAUUGGCAACACUAACUUGCCCUAUGUGAGAGACUUCAUGAUCAACGUGGUCAACCAGCUGGAUGUACGUCCUGACAGGGUUCAGAUUGGUCUCCUGCAGUUUGCUGACCGUCAAAAAAUUGAAUUUUACCUGAACAGCUACAACAACAAGCAAGAUGUCGUGAGUAAAAUCUCUCAGCUCAGGCUGACUGGGGGCUCAGUUUUGAAUACAGGAGCUGCAUUGGAGUAUGCUUUGGUCAACAUGUUCAAGACAUCAACUGGCUCACGCAGGAGGCAGGGAGUCCAGCAGGUGUUGGUUCUGAUUACAGGGGGUCCAGCCCAGGACCAAUUGAAAAAGGUCGCCGAUAAAUUGGCUCUGUCUGGUAUUUUGACUUUCACCAUCACUUCUGGGCAAGCAGAUGAAGCCCUAAUGAAAUCAGUUGCCUUUGUUCCAGAUUUGGCUUACCAUGAAACAAGCUUCUCUAAUAUGCCAGCCAUGGCAGAACUAAUCAUGCCAAAGUUGAUAACAGUAGUUGGCGAUACAGAUGUGACAACACUCCCUGAGGAAACUGUUGUUGUUGCCGGAGCUGAAAGGGAUGUUGCCUUUCUCAUUGAUGGCACAGAAAAUGUUCGAGCAGAUUUUGCCUACAUCAAGGAUUUUAUCAUUAAAAUCAUUGAACCACUUGACAUUGGGAUUGACGCGGUGCGAGUUUCAGUGGCUCAACACGCCGAGAGGCCAACUCCAACUUUCUACCUGAACACCUAUCAAACCAAAGAUGAGGUGAUACGGGCUGUCAACAGAAUGACACUGGUCGGAGGACGUAGCCUAAACACAGGAAGUGCUCUCAAAUUCAUGAAGGACACCAUCUUGUCUGAAAGGCAUGGUAGCCGGGCUGCACACAAUGUCCCUCAGUUUCUAAUCGUUUUGGCUGGAGGCAAGUCCAGGGAUAACGUGAAGGAGUCUGCUAGUGCGCUGAAGACAAGGGGAGUCAUACCGUUUGGUGUCGGUGUCAAGGAUGCAGACCCAAAGCAGAUUGAGGCCAUCUCACACAACCCUUCCUUUGCCUUCAACGUGAGGGAAUUCAGUGAGCUUAGUAGCAUACCACAAAAGCUCAACAACUAUGUGCGACUGCCAAGGGAAGAGCUGACCCACGUUCUACAACAAGCACAAAGCAAAGCGGCAAAAAGAGAUAUUGUGUUCCUGCUGGAUGGCUCUGAUAACACAAGAAAUGGAUUCCCAGAGUUAAAACGAUUUGUUCAGAGCAUAGUGGAGCGCCUCUCUGUCAGUAAGAGCCAAGACAGAGUGUCUGUGGUUCAGUUUGCUGAUAAUCCCGAGACCAACUUCCAUCUGAAUUCUCACAAGGCAAAGAACGACACUUUAAAUGCCAUCAAAAAUUUACAGCACAAGGGUGGGAGGAACCUUAAUACCGGGGCAGCUCUCCAGUUUGUGAGGCACAGUGUCUUCACUUCCGCAACGGGCAGUAGAAGACUGGAAGGAGUGCCUCAGAUUUUAAUUCUUAUCAGUAGUAAACCAUCCACUGAUAAUAUGAGAGGGCCAGCCUUUGCUAAUAAAGAGCAUGGCAUUGUGUCAAUGGGGAUUGGAGUAGGAGAAGCCAAUACAAAGCAGUUGGAAAUGAUUGCCUCCAAACCUGGUUUGACAUACAAGGUCCCUGAUUUCUCCAAGUUGCCCUCAAUCCAAUCGCAACUUGUUGCUACACUGAACAUAAACAGAGAAACAGGGGAAACCAUGACAGGAAUCUCUGAUUUAGUAGUUGAAUUAGAGUCCCCUCAAAGAGACGUAGUGUUUCUAUUGGAUGGGUCCGAUGACACACGGAUGGACUUCCAAGCAAUGAAACAUUUUGUCCAGAGAGUGGUAGAAAACCUUGGUGUUGGUGAGAACAAAGAUCGUGUGUCUGUGGUCCAGUACAGCAGAGAUCCACAGACACAUUUCAGUCUGAACACCUACCAAGAAAAACAACAUGUUCUAGCUGCUGUCCAGCAGUUGAACCAUAAAGGUGGCGGACCCCUCAACACUGGGGCAGCUCUUGACGAUGUGAGGAAAAAUGCUUUCGCUGAGCACUCUGGGAGUCGGCAUCAAGACGGUGUCCCUCAGAUAUUGAUUCUGCUGAGUGGGGGAAGAUCUCAAGAUGAUGUCGCAAGUGCCACUGCGGCUCUAAAACGGGACAAAGUUGUUCCAUUUUGUGUCGGAACAAAAAAUGCAGACAUACAUGAGCUUCAAAUGAUUGCACACAAUCCUUCCUAUGCUUUCUCUGUGCCUCGGUUUGAUAAUGUUGAGAGCAUCCAUCAACAACUUGAGUCAUUUGUAAAAAGGGUGCCUCGACAGCAGCCAAGACUAAAACCACAGAAUGUAUUGGAUCCAACUAAAUCUAUUCAACACGAUAUUGUAUUUUUACUGGAUUCCUCGGACGAAAUGCAAAACUACUUUCAGGCAAUCCUUGGCUUUGUUGACAGGAUGGUGCAAAAAUUCCAUGUGGACGAAAACAAAGACCGCAUUUCAGUGGUACAGUACAGCAAACAACCCUCUGUUGAAUUUUUUCUGAACAUGUACAAAACACAGCAGGAGGUUGCUGACGAUGUGCGGAUGAUGAGGCAUAAAGGAGGCAGACCUCUCAAUACUGGUGCAGCCCUUCAGUACAUCAAGGAUAAUGUUUUCAUUGCCUCUUCUGGAAGUAGGCACCACCAGGGGGUUCGUCAGAUUUUGGUUCUCUUAACUGGCGGACGGUCAAGUGAUGAUGUCAGAAGUGCCGUGGAAAACUUGAAAAGAAUUGGUGUGAAGUUAUAUGUGGUGGGAACAAAGAAUGCAGACAUUCUUGAGAUUCAGUCUAUUUCACAGGAAGCCAGUCAUGCAUUCUUUGCAGCAGACUCCAGUGAGCUGUCAGGCAUUGAACAACAUGUAUUUUCUGUCAUCAAGAAGGGUGAAACACCUUCUAUCGGAACAGUAUUACAUGAUCCUAACAGCAGAGACGUUGUUUUUGUGCUUGAUGGUUCAAACGAGUCUCAGCAAAGAUUCCCCGAUAUUAAAGAGUUUGUGCAGAGGAUAGUGUUGGACCUUCACAUUGAUGCAAACAAAGAUCGUGUGGCUGUGGUCCAAUACAGCAACACAACAGAGAUUGUUUUUAAUUUGGGACGUUACACAACACAGAAGGAUGUUCUCAAUGCAGUAAGACGCCUCAGUCACAAAGGGGGGUAUCCCCACAACAUUGGGGCAGCUCUCCAGCAUGUGAGGGACCAUGUAUUUACUUCUGACUCAGGAAGUAGACUCCUUGAAGGAGUUCCACAGAUACUCAUACUCCUGAGUAGUGGAAGAUCUGGAGAUGACAUAAGAACCCCUGUCAGAAUGCUGAAAGAGACUGGUGUUAUUUCAAUUGCCAUUGCAACACCUGAAGCUGACACUCUCGAGCUGCAGACAAUAGCGCAUGACCCCAAUUAUGUGGUCUCUGUUACUGAUUACAAGGAGCUUCCUACUGCUCAGAAGGAUGUCUUGUCAUUGUUACGAGAUGCCUCCCAUCAUGUAGAAAAAACGGCUCCCUCAAAGGUUACUGAUACUGAGAAACACGAUGUAGUAUUUCUUAUUGAUGGAUCAUAUGACUCACGAAACGGCUUUGAAGAGAUACGAGGCUUUGUGAAAAAAAUGGUAGAAAGUUUAAACAUAGAUGAGAACAGCGACCAAGUGGCCGUUGUUCAAUACAACCGUGACUCCACAGUCAAUUUCUACCUGAAUUCCUACUCAUCCAAGAACGAUGUGCUCAAUUCCAUCGGAACAAUAAGGCAUAAGUCGGGGAGACCCCUCAACCUUGGCAAAGCACUGACGUUUGUCAAAGACACUGUCUUUGCUGCUUCAGUUGGAGGUAGAAAUGCAGAAUCAGUCCCUCAAUAUCUCUAUGUAUUUAGUGGUGGGAGAUCAGGAGAUGAUGUCAGAGGACCUGCACAAUCUCUUAAAAAAAAUGGAAUCAAGACUUUUACUAUUGGAACACAGAAUGCGGAUACGUUGGAAAUGCAAACCAUCUCUUUCACGCCUGCACAUUCUUUUCAUGUCACAAACUUUAAGAAUCUGCAAAGCAUCCAUCCAUCAGUGGAGGCCACAUUGAGGGGCACUGAAGACACGACUGCACUUCCAACUGUUAUUGACACUAUUGCAAAAAUAAUACUCCAAAGUGCUGAUGUUGUUUUUCUAAUUGAUGGAUCUGACAAUAUGCAACCAAGCGAAAGACGCAUUUUGGAUUUUGUCAGUGGGCUUGUCAAGCAAAUGGAAAUUGGACCAAACAAAGUACAAGUUGCUUUGAUUCAGUACAGCACAGAACCCACGACCGAUUUUCUCCUGAAAACACACUCACGGAAAGAUGACGUCUUGAGUCAUUUGAGCAAUGUAAAACUGAAAGGAGGGCUCACAGUGAACACAGGCGUUGCCCUUGAUUAUGUGAAGAACGAUGUGUUCACUGCUUCUUCUGGAAACAGAGCUCAGCAGGGAGUCCCACAGAUACUCAUUCUCUUGAGUGGAAAAAAAUCAGAAGAUGAUGUUUUAGGUCCCGUGGACCGACUGAGGAAUGCUGGAAUUGUCAUCUUCAGUGUUGGAGUGAAUAAUGCAGACAGGCUGGAGAUGAAACAAUUAGCCCACAGUCCUAAAGCAGAGUAUUUUAUCAAGGACAUUUCUGACUUUCUUCUUGUGAGCGAACAACUGCUCACAGACAUUGCAUCUCACAAUAGCACUGUCAGCCCUGGUGUAGUGGUGACAAAGCCAAAAGGAAGAGAUGUUGUGUUCUUGUUGGAUGGAUCUGAUGGUACUAGAACCGGAUUCCCAGCUAUGCAAGCCUUUGUCCAAAGAGUAGUAGAGAGACUCAGUCUGGAUGACAACAAAGACCGUGUCUCAGUGGUUCAGUACAGCAGAGAUCCAGCUGUCCACUUCUAUUUGAACACAUAUGAGACAAAGUGGAGAUCCUUGACACUGUCAGAGGUUUGA